AUGUCUGCACAUUGCUAUGGGAGCCUGAGGCCCCUGCCUGCAGUGAUGAAGUGCAUGCCAUCCUGGAGGACGACACGCCUCACCACACGCUCCAUAAGUCCUGCCAGCAGUUUGUGUACAGAAUUCCCAGACCUCUUCAAAUCAGAACUAGGUUGCUUCAAGAAUUUUGAACUGGAGGUCGCUUUUAAGGAUAAUGUGAAACCAGUGUUCUGCAAACCAAGGAGAGUGCCAUUUGUCAUUCUGGAGGACCUCAACCAUCCUUAUGACACUGGCAUUAAGAAAGGUGUGUGGGUGCCAGCGCAGUUUAACAAGUAUGGAACACCUGUGGUGCCAAUCAUGAAAACACACGUCAGGACAGGAGGGGACCAAGUUACACGUGUGCAGUGA